AACCAGCAAAAGGUAAAAAAAUAAAGAGAUAUGAAACAUGCCAUAUCGAGAUGUAGUAGUGAGGAAGUCUUAAAUUUCUACUAUAAAAACAACCUCCGGUGAGAGACCACACAAAGAAACCAAAUCAAGAAGCCAUUCCAAAUCCAUCUUUCUUCAAACUAACAAGUAUGGUUACGUUCACAUCAGAAGCAUCAAGGAGCCGAUCAAAGAAGGUAUGUGUGAUCGGAGCUGGACCGGCGGGGUUAGUCUCGGCAAGGGAGCUAAGAAAAGAAGGACACAAAGUGGUGGUGUUGGAGCAAAACGAAGACGUAGGAGGUCAAUGGUUCUAUCAACCAAACGUAGAAGAAGAAGAUCCCUUAGGAAGAAGUAGUGGUUCCAUUAAUGGUGAACUGAAGGUCCAUAGCAGCAUUUACUCUUCCUUGAGGCUAACCUCACCGAGAGAGAUAAUGGGUUAUUCGGAUUUUCCGUUUUUGGCGAAGAAAGGGAGAGAUAUGAGGAGGUUUCCAGGGCAUAAGGAGCUUUGGUUGUAUCUUAAGGACUUUAGUGAAGCUUUUGGGUUAAGAGAGAUGAUUAGGUUUAAUGUUAGGGUUGAGUUUGUAGGAGAAAAAGAAGAAGAGGAUGAUGUGAAGAAGUGGAUUGUGAGAAGUAGAGAGAAAUUUAGUGGUAAGGUUAUGGAAGAGAUCUUUGAUGCUGUUGUUGUUGCUACUGGUCAUUACUCUCACCCUAGAUUGCCCUCUAUUAAAGGAAUGGAUUCUUGGAAAAGGAAGCAAAUUCAUAGCCAUGUUUACAGGGUGCCUGAUCCAUUUCGUAAUGAGGUGGUGGUGGUGGUUGGGAACUCAAUGAGUGGACAAGACAUAUCAAUGGAGCUUGUGGAAGUGGCAAAGGAAGUUCAUUUAAGUGCCAAGACACUUGAUAUAUCUUCUGGCCUUUCAAAAGUCAUUUCCAAACACCCAAACCUUCUUAUUCACCCACAGAUUGAAUCUUUAGAGGAUGAUGGGAAAGUCAUUUUUGUGGAUGGUUCUUGGGUCGUCGCUGAUACAAUUUUAUAUUGCACCGGGUACUCGUACAAGUUUCCAUUUCUUGAGAGUAAAGGAAGAAUAGAAGUGGAUGAUGAUAGAGUUGGUCCACUCUUCGAACACACUUUCCCUCCUUGUCUCUCCCCUUCUCUCUCCUUUGUCGGUAUCCCCAGAAAGUUGAUAGGAUUCCCAUUCUUUGAAGCACAAGCAAAAUGGAUAGCACAAGUUUUGUCAGGAAAGUCAUCUCUUCCUUCUCCUGACCAAAUGUUACAAUCAGUAGACGAGUUUUACCGGUCAAGAGAUCUAGCCGGAGUCCCUAAACACAACACUCACGACAUUGCCGAUUUCACGUAUUGCGAUAAGUACGCGGAUUAUGUUGGGUUUCCGCAUUUAGAAGAUUGGAGAAAGCUACUAUGUUUGUCUGCUCUCAAUAAUUCACAAGAAAAUCUUGAGACUUAUCGCGAUUCUUGGGAUGAUCAUGAACUCCUACAAGAAGCUCUUCAAAGCUCUCAUUUCACAAACUUCAAUUCUUGAAUUACUCAUUUAUCGUUAUGUUAGAAAGAAAGAGUUUAUUAUAUAUUCAUACAUUUGUUUGUUUGUUGUUUCUUUCCUUUAUUUAGUUUGAUCUGCCUACGUUUUUGGUUGACUAUUUAUAUCCAUACAUUUGUUUCAUCAGUAUAGUACAAUAUCGUAAGCAACAUCAAUGGAGAU